UGUGACUGGCGUAGUCUCGCGGGACUUGGAUCUGGCUCUUCAGCUCCUCGGCCGGGGCCCAGCGGGCAGUUCCGGGUUGGCGUCUGCCUUCGCGUGCCGGGCGUUCGAUUCUGAGUGGAUUCUGGGACCCGGGAAAGGAAGGGAGUGGACGUUCGGUCCCGAGGGGCCGUAUCCAAGAUGAAUGACAGCCUAUUUGUCAGUUUGGACAGACUUUUGCUAGAAUUUGUUUUUCAGUAUGAGCAAGAUAUAAGUACUAAAGAAGAUAUGAUUCGACGAAUUAAUAAAAGCUUUGAAGAUAUUAAACAAAAUAAAGCAAUAAUUUGUAAGAUACAGGAAACUAUAAAUACAACAGAUGAGGAAAUUGGUUAUUACUGUAAACAUAGUAAGGAAAUCAAAGACAACUGUAGUAAUUGGAAGCCAACAUGUGAUGUUUUUCAUAAAUAUGAAGACUAUAUGAAGGACCAAUUUACUAUUUAUCAGGAAACAAUUGAAAAAGACAAAAAAAUGUACCAUGGUUAUAUAUGUCAGUAUAAAGAUGUUUUGAAGCAAUACCAACUAAAAUACUCAGAAGCACCCCUUUCACGUGAAUAUUAUGAGAAGAAAAGAGAACAUGAAGAAAUUCAAAACAGAGUGUUGGCAUGUACUGAACAACUAAAAAUGAAUGAAACUAUUUUUAUGGAAUUUCUAGUGCCUGCUCCCUUUCCAUCACUUACUAAAUGGACAUUACAUAUUGUUAAUUUGAGAUGUAAAACACAAGAUAUUCUUAGACAUGCCAACAAUUUUUCCAAAAUUUCAUGUGAAUUGAAGAAAGAAGUAGAUGAAGUGGAAAUAGAAAUUAAAUAUUUAAACCAGCAGAUUACAAGAUUUUAUGAAACUAAGAAUCUGGAAGAGAAUACUAAAAAUAUAGAAAAAAGAAAGGAAUUGAAAGAAAGAAUUUUUGAAAAAGAUGAACAACAUGUACUUAUAUUGAAUAAAACCUCUCAGAAAAGUCAAUUAUUUCUUCCAAAUGAAUCUCAGAAAUUAGUCAGACCAAUAAAUAUUCUAUCUUCAGAACCAAGAGUUAUAGAUAAAAAAGAAGACAGUUCUACGAAGCAGUCAAAGCUUGGCAGUGUUGACUCCAAACAAAAAGAAAACAAUAUGCAGAUAUUUAAUGACUCUGCUAUGAAUAACCACUCAAAAUGUUCACAUGUUACAGCUAUUAAAAGUUCACAGAAUUUUAUGCAGUUCAGAUUGCUAACCCCACAGAAACAGUCAAACUUCAAUCAAUGGUUUGAAAAAGGAGAUACAGAUGCUGAGUGUGGAGAUACAGGGACAGUAAGACAAUUGAAAGAAUCAAAAUGUACUUCACAAGUUAUACAUGAAGAACAUUUGGGGAAGCCAAUAGAUAAUAAUAAUGAAGUAGAAGAAAGGGCUGAGAAUUUUGCACAGACUUCUGAAAUUCCUUUAUUUUUAAGAACCCCUGAAGCUGUGAAAACACCUGAAUCUUUGGAGAAAUUACUGUUCUCUAAAACCCCCCCACUUGAAAUUAACAGAAACAGAAAUACAAUGCCUGAAGAUCAAACACAAAAGGAAUCCCCUGGGUUUUCUUUUCUUAUGAGUUAUACUUCUAGAUCACCUGGAUUGAAUUUAUUUGAUUCUUCUAUAUUUGAUUCAGAAAUCUCAUCAGAUAAGUUUAAUGAACACUAUUCUGCAGGAAAUUUAAAUCCUCUCUCAUCACAACAAGAAGUUGGAAACUUAUUUGGGAAACCAGAAGAUGCCUUUACAUUUUCUUUUCCAUCAGACUCUUCAACUCAUACAUUUGGAGCUGGAAAAGAUGAUUUUAGUUUUCCAUUUUCAUUUGAACAGGAUCAAAACUCAACACCCCCUUCUUCUGUAAAAGGUUUUUCAUCUUCCUCACAAAAUACAACUCAGUUUACUUUUUUUUGA